AAAUCGUAAAAACUGUAAAAAGACACUUGUGUAAUUUUUCGUAUCUAACAAUAAUUUUGCCUUUUUAUAUAUUAUAAAUCAACUGCGUACAGGCUGUGGUGCAUUUGCACCCUUCCUGCGCUCCCGCUAAGGCAGACUGAGGAAUUCUGACACUGGCAAGCAAAUCGAAAUUUAUACCCCUUCUUCUGCUUUCAACAGCUGAUUUUCCAAAAUUAAAUUCCACCUCCCCAAGAUGUGCACCCCAUACAAACAACAACAAAUGCGCAGACACAACUCGUAUCUCGCGGUCGCUCCGGAUCCGCAAAUGGGAAUUCCCCAUAUAUCCACCUCUAUGGGAUUCCCCUUUUUCUUCGGAGACGAGCCCAAGACGAGGGAAAAAAACUUUCAUCUAAUGAUCUAGAAUAGAAUGCCGAGUAUCAUGAGUACGGGUGAAACUGUUCCGUUGAGUAUCCUGCCUCCAUUGGCUGACUGUUAUUACUGUUAUUGCUUUUGUGAGGAGAAUAUAUGGAAGCUGUGUGAAAGUGUAAAAAAGAACUUCCCUAAUGAAUUGAGCAGGACGUAUGCAAUCUUCAUCUCAAACAAAGAAAGGAAGGUCCCUCUUUGGAUGCAGAAAGCAAGUGGUCAAGGAGAACUCCCUGUAGUUUGGGAUUACCAUGUGAUCCUCAUUCACAUGGAUGCAUCAUGUGGAAGUCAAGUUUAUGAUAUGGAUACUGUGUUACCAUUCCCUAUUGACUUUGAGGAGUAUGUGACUGUGGCAGUCCGUAGCAAUGAUGUUCUUAGGCAGGAAUAUUUCAGAUUCUUCAGGGUAGUUCCUGCCCAGGAAUUCCUAGAUAUGUUUGCAUCAGAUCGAUCACAUAUGAAGAAAGAGAAUGGAGAAUGGAGGACACCCCCUCCUUCUCAUCCUUGCAUCGUGGCAAAAGAUGGUACAACAAUGAAUCUAGAUAGUUUCAUCAACAUGGAGAAAGGGACAGGUCAUGGAGAGGUCAUGACCCUGAAUGAGCUCACAGCAAAGUUCAAGGACUCAAACAGCUGAAAUCAUGCCUAAAAUCUGUAUUCUAUUAACUUUGAAAUUUUGACAUUGAUUUUCAACGAGAUGACAGGCUUUUGGUUCUGUAGAGGUGGUUUCAUGAAGUUUUUUUAUGAAUGAUCUGCAUUACCAUUGGCAUGAACGGUCUUAUUAUAAGAUGACUGGAAGUGUAAGAGGACAACUACCCCUUGAAACGAUUCCAGCAUUCCUGGAACACAUCUCCCCUGGAGGAGAGCUUUUCAGAAGGCAAGUCUUCUUAAAGUACCCCCGCCCUCAAAUGACGACUCUUUCAAGACACCUUCAUAGGGCUCUUAUUGUUGAAAUUAAGGGAAAACAAUUUGCUUUUCAGCCUACUACUAAAUAGUCUUUCAUAUGUAAUACAAUUUUAAUGGACUGCUAGGAAAGUCUUUAAAUUGUGCCAGAGGCAUUCUGUAUGUUGUAUUUGUACAAGCUUGUAAUACUAAUAGCUUGAAAAUUGAUUGUAUGAAACUUCAUACAGCAAUGUCAAUGAAUAGAUUCUGUAUAUUGAUGUUUGCAAUAAGACUGUAUUUAUUGAAUCCAUGACUACUUUUUGCAAGAAAAUUAAUAGCUAGGUCUAAUUUUUGAGGGUUCAUAAUCAAUGUAGAUUUGAGAUUGUAAUGUCAAUGAGGUGUGGCAUAUAAAACCAACAUCAUGCCAUCCAUUUAUUUCAGCAAAUACACUUCCACAAAAUAAAGCUUCGCUUCAGAAAGAUAGCUGCAUCCAGCUUGCCUCAAAAGUGAGUUUGCCCAUCACCUUCACCGAUGAUUAUGAUUUACUUAUUUCUGAAUAGAGUUGAGUUGUAAUAGAUAUGAAGAGAAAUUCUGUAACAGUCACAAUAGCUAAAUACACAAAGGUAGGUUAACUCUUCAUACACCUAUCUGGUAAUUCUAACCAAUGGAGAUUUGAUUUGAUAUACCUUCACAACUCAUUUUAGGGUACAUGUAUGUGUUAAAAUGACUUCUAUGACACAUUUUAACCAGUUGACAAAAUAGACUUACCUUUCCGCUGACUUUCAAUGUUUAUGCACGUUUGAGUAGAGACACAAAAUACAAACAUGAAUCUAUUUAUAAUGACUAAUUUAUUAUCUUCUUUCAUUUCUGUAAUCCCAAUGAUUCAUGUUCAUGUACUCAAGCCAUGAUUGUGCAGGUAGAAUAAUACAUUUUGCACAUUCUAACUUUGACAAAGAAAUAGAAUUAUGAUGGAAUAAAUAUGAUGGAAUAAAAAUGGGAAAACCAUACUAUCUUCAACACUCAUCUUUAUGUGUAUAGGGUAAAUACUUGAUCUUAUGUGUGGUGUUUGUAUUAAAUAAAAUUCAAACAUCAGUUAGAUAUGUUGUUCUUAAUUGGAUGAAAAUAAUAAUGAACACAAAAGGUGAUUCACACCACAUUUCUACAAUGUUAUAAAGAUUCAAUAAACGCAUUUAUCUGUAACUUUUCACCAAGAAAGAUAGUACGAGGGGGGGGAUGUCACUUCACACAAACAGUGAAUUAAUGUUGAAAUAAAUGUGAUGUAUACUGUAUGGAAGAAAUCAUGAAAUGUAUUAGGAGUAUGAGACAAAAUUAAUGAAUUAAAUUAUAAUUGACUUACACUCUUACCAUAAUACUGUCUUUUUAUACAUGCUUACUUUGGUUUAGAGUCCAUUAUAUGUGCACUACCUGGUUGUAUUUAUAAUGAUUUUCAUUUUAAAUUUGUUAUUACAGGAUGAAUGUUCACAAAAUAUUACAAAUUGAUAUUACAAAGCAAUAAAUUGGAAUAAGUUACAAGUACUAGGACAAGUAUUUUCUCACAAAAUUAAAAAGAUAAUGAACUUAAGUUCUUAAAUGUGGAGGAUUUUAUUUGGCAGAGGGGAAUUUUAUACCAUCUAGCCAUAUCACUACAUAGCAUAAAUAAUAUAAUACUAUUGAUUUCUGUAAUAUCUUCAAUGAAAUACAAUUAAUUAUAAACAUGGAUCAGUAUUGUUUUAUUCAUAUAAAUCUAUAUAUUUUUUUUACAGAUCUAGUCACUUCAAAUUGAUAUUAUGAGGGUAGUGAGUACACAAUUUCAGUAAGGUUAAUUGAUAAAUUUUGCCUAGUGACAACUUCUGCUAUGUAAUUUCUGUACUUUUGAUAUCAAUAGAUAGGAGAGAACCUCGAUAACCACUAUUCAGGGAAUUUCCAAUAAAUUUGUCAAUUGUAAAUCUCCCAGUAUUUCAAAAUGUCUUAUAACCAUUGUACAAAUUGUGACCAAACUUAAUGAUCCCUAGUAUUUCACAACUCCCAAAUAAAUGAGAAUUAAUGUUAUUACAAUUUUGCUGUGAAAGAUACCUUGAGAAUUCCAAUGAACUGUUAUUGGUAAAACUUUGAUUGCUUACAAGAAGAUGUCCUUUUGCACUGGUAUCAAAAGCAUUACUAGUUUUCUAUUCAAUUCAUUGUAAAGACUAAUCUGCAUUAUAUGGGAAACUUGGGGUUUAUUACCUCUGUCUAAAAAAUAAUUAAUUUGAUGAUAUCUUGGAGCAGCAAUUUGUAAAUCACUUUUGAGAAAAAAAAUAAAAAAAUAAACUAAAUAAACUCUAUUUCAAACAAUAGCAGUUAUAGUGUUUGAUAUUACAGGGAAGACAUGUAUCCAAAAACCUGACAAGAUUUUCUUGAACUGUAUUGAGUACUUUCAUUGGGAUCUAGGGAUAUUUCACAAAGAGUUAUGUACGACUUAAAAAUCACAAAUUGAUUAUAUGAGUUUUGUGUGGUAUACAACACAGCACCUCAUUGGUCAGAUUGCACUUCAUAAUCAUCAUAUUGUGCUAGGUGAUCAUAAGAUUAUUACUGCAUAAUCACCAAUGAGAUUUAGUGUUAAAUACCAUGUUGGAGUUGGUGCUCAAGCAUGACUUUAAUAGUGAAAUGGCCCACUAGUUUCUAACGACCCACACAAAAGAUCUCAUAAGUUUAUGACACAUCCUCUAAGAGAUAUUUCAAACUGAUGGCAACUAGUGGUUCCAGAAAGGACUUAAAUUUCCUUCUACUACACAUCUUGAGAUUUUCUUAUGUGAUAAACGCCCACAAGUGAUAUAAAUGAUUCAGCUUUUCAAAUGAAUUAAAAUUUACAAUGGCACUGGAUUUAAGCAAAUUAGGACAAUAUCAAAGUAUUCUUUUCCUAUCGUUAAUGGUUUCACACACACAAAAAAAAUCAUUUUGAACAUCCAUGAAUGUCUAAUGUGGGGAAGGUUCAUGAAAUGACUUGUUGGUUUUUUCUCCCACAAAGUAUGUUAUUUGACAGUUACCAUAGUUACAGUCAAACACCUAUACUUUUCAGCUAAUCAUGUCUAAUUGUCACAUCUGACAACUUGUGUCAUCUGAUAAACAUUGAUUAAAUGCUCCACAGAAGGCCAAGAAUUAGGGAAAUAAAAAUAGAGAAUGCUCCAUAAAUGAGGACUUUCAACAAGUUAAAGAGAGAUUUUGACGAAAAAAACAAAUUUGAAGGACAAGAGAUUAUCAAAUUUAAAAAUUUAUCUCUCUCAUCCCUAAAUCAGGACUUUCCCUGGUAAAGUAAGGGUAAUUGACAGGCCCUUGAAACAAUAAUGGCUGUGCAUUCUACAUGUGUUUACCAAAACCUAUU